AUGACACAGACCAGGUUUGUACAAGGAGGCCUAGUUUACGUUUCCUCUUCCCAGCGGCCCGACAGCGAGGAGGCGAGAUCCCCUCAGCCGCCUUCACCCUCUGCUCCACCCACACCACCUUCACCUUCUGCACCACCCACAAUAGAGAAGACGUCAGGUAAGAUGUUCGGCCAAGAGGCACCUGGGGGGGGCGUGAGAAGAUGUUUUGUGUCGGUCCUUCAAGGUUUGAAGCCGGCCGGGAGUCACAAGAGAACUCCGCCCGACGCCAACCUCCUCGCGGGGGGGAAACUCCUGGGCGACAUGAAGUCCGUGGCGUCGCUCAAAGACUCGCCGCUGUCGGCCGUCUUCACGGGACACGCCAGCAAGAUGGUGGUCCUGCCCAGCGAGCAGGCCAACCUGGCCGACAUCGACCACCUGGUGCCCACCCACGAUCAGAAGGGGCGGCCCAUCGCCGAGUGGAAGAGGCAGGUGAUGGUGAGACAGCUGCAGGCCCGGCUGCUGGACGAGGAGGACCAGAGGAGGAAGGAGAGCGGCAAGCGGUUGGCCAAAGUCAAGUGGCGUUACUCGCAGGCCCACAACGCCAUCCUGGGUCCGUCCGGCGAGCUUCUGACGGAGCACGACCUGGUCUACCUGGAGCAGCAGAUCGCCAGCGUGGCUCUGCGGCGCCACUGCGAGGGCUACGAGCUGGAGUUGGCCCGGCUGGCCGACCAGCUGCGCCACAUCCUGCCGGCGCCCGUGGUCAACAUCAGCGUCAACACCCAGUUCCGCAACUUCGGCGGCCAGGUGGCGCUGCCCGUGUGGUGCGGCCGCAUCUCGGGCAUCGUGAGGAGCAUGUCGCUGCUCACGAGCAACCUGAGCGACCCGCCCUACUGCAAGAUGCCCGACACCGACCUCGACGCCGUCUUCUCGCAGGCGCCCCGCAGACCGGACUCCACCAGGGGGCGCCGGGAGAGGAUCGAAGACGAGAUCCAGCAGUUCGGCGUCUCUGUGAGGACGCUCAAGUCCAACUUUGAGAUGCAGAACUCGGCCGAGGACGAGGACGCCUGCCGCGCCGCGGCUCCGCCGGACGCCGGCGAGUCGGACUCACCGCCUCGAGUCUCCGACGCGACUCCCGGGACGGACCAGAAGAGCGGCGUGGAGAAGGUUUCAGGGGUUGUGGAGACCACCAGCCUGCGCAAGGAGCGCAUCGUGGUGCUCUUCUUGGGCCACUGGAAGAAGUCCGCCUACUCCGUGACGCUCAAGAGGAAGACCAGCGGCGGCGCGGAGGCGAGUCUCGACGGACGUGGUCUUGAGGACGGUGCUCAGUCCAAGAUGAUGAACAGUUCUCUGGCACACUUCUUCAAGCAGAGGAGUGCCGUCAACAAGAUGCUGUGGAACUGGAGGAACAUGAUCUCCAGGGGGCCUUCCAGGCAGCUCCCACGGCAGCAGUUCUUCUCCCCGGAGCAGUUCCUUCCCCGCGUGGACGGCGUGCCCAUGGAGUACGACCACCUGACCCUGGACCUCUUCAUGCUGGGCUACUUCCACAUCCUGGAGCUGGAGCUGCCGGUGGACGAGCGCAAGAUGAGACACCUGCUGUGCUUCGAGGUGUUCGACCACGUGGGCGGCUUCCCCUGGGAGCUGGUGCGGGACUUCCACAAGGCCGUCAUGCGGGACAUCCAGGCCGGGGAGCGCCAGUGGAAGGACGGCUUCCAGGACCUGAAGGCCAAGUUCUUCGGCGGCGCGGCCAGCGAGGCCCCGGCGGAGGCGGAGACGAGGCGCCUUCCAGAGAUUAGACCGCUCCCAAAAGUCAUCGUGCAGACGCCCACGCCGGAUGAGGGUUCGCUCCACACGGGCAGCGACAUCUCCUGCUUCAGCAACGAGGAGAUCUGCCAGUACAUCGACAGGAGCUUCGCCUUCUGGAAGGAGAAGGAGGCGGAGAUUUUUGAUUUUGAAUAGUCACUCAUCGACCCUUUUCAACUUUGUACGCCAAUUUAUUAUCGCUGCUUUUUUAUCACUAACGUGACUAACACGUGACUACAUGGCGCCAUCUUCUGGGGGAACAAGAGCGCCAUCUCACCAGUCAAUUCACUCAAAAGGAAAGACACAAUGUUGUGUAAGCACGGUGGAACCUCCAUUUACAAACUUAAGAUCAGGGUUCUUAAAUAGAAAAGUUUGUAUAGUGGAGCAAAUGUCGCUAACGUGGCUACAUGGCGCCAUCUUCUGGGGGAACAAGAGCGCCAUCUCACCAGUCAAUUCACUCAACAGGAAAGACACAAUGUUGUGUAAGCACGGUGGAACCUCCAUUUACAAACUUAAGAUCAGGGUUCUGAAAUAGAAAAGUUUGUAUAGUGGAGCAAAUGUCGCUAAUGUGACUAACACGUGACUACAUGGCGCCCUCUUCUGGGGAACGAGCGCCAUCUCACCAGUCAAUUCACUCAACAGGAAAGACACAAUGUUGUGUAAGCACGGUGGAACCUCCAUUUACAAACUUAAGAUCAGGGUUCUUGAAUAGAAAAGUUUGUAUAGUGGAGGAAAUGUCGCUAACGUGACUACAUGGCGCCAUCUUCUGGGGGAACAAGAGCGCCAUCUCACCAGUCAAUUCACUCAACAGGAAAGACACAAUGUUGUGUAAGCACGGUGGAACCUCCAUUUACAAACUUAAGAUCAGGGUUCUGAAAUAGAAAAGUUUGUAUAGUGGAGCAAAUGCCGCUAAUGUGACUAA